CUGGGUAAUGCUUGCUGGCUCAUAAACAAGAUGGCAGAAUGGUUCUUCCAAAAGAUUUGACACCAGUUGAAGAAUAUUUGUUAAAAAAGUUUGCUCUCUUGAAGAAAAAGAAAAGAGCAAUACAGAAAGAAAAGGAAAAGAAUGAAGCAAUUAAGACUGCAAAACCUGGGAUAAAGAGAGCUGCUCCUGAACCAGUACAUCCACCAGAAGACGCUAAAGAAAUAGCAAAGAAACUUAUUGCUUCUGGGACUGUGAAAAUUAARAAAGAUCCAACUCACAGAGAAUUCAAAAGGACCAAGUUAGAAAACAGAAGAAUUAGCCUCAGGGAGGGCCAGCAAGGUCCCAACUCUAACCAACAAUCUGCUAACCAGUCAUCAAGUUCAAGUACUUCGCAGAAACCACAAAUCAGGAACCUUUAUGACAGUUUUGUUCCUGAAGGACGAAGAGGCUCAUCAGACUCUGGUAACUAUGGUUCCAGAGGAUAUGGUCAUGAUCGUGAAAGGAAAAGGGGAAAAACUAUCUUCGUCAAGGCUGUUGGAUUAACUGAAAACAUCCUAAACACUAGCUUUGAUAAAUUUGGAAAAGUAGAGAGAACACAUUUUGAAAAGGAGAAAUGCCAUGGUUUUGUGACAUUUGAUUCAUAUGAAGCAGCAGAAAAAGCAGCUGAAGAGAUGGAUGGUCUCAAAGUGUCGCAUGUUUUCAUGAAAGUAUCCAUGGCACGGCGGCAGGGUAAUUUAGACGAUUCUCACUCGUAUGGUAGGGGACAGCCUUUCGAUAGUAGAGAUGGACGAGGUGGGCCAAGUCAAUCCCAAAUCCCAGAAGCAAGACAACUGAUAAGCUAUGAGGACAUAUAAUCUGGAUUGGGAUACCUGUGGCAAACACCACAGGGAUCCCAAUGUACUCACAACAACAAAAAAAUGGCAUCCUUGGUAACAACCUUUUAUUGUACACUAAACAAUGUAACAAAUAAUAUGAGCUUGAAGUAUUUACAAUUAAAACUUUUAUAACAUUCAA